CCUCCUCCACCACCACCACUCUCCAAGCCUCAACCCCUCCAAUUCUCCAAGCCACCCAAUGCCAAAACCGCUCAUUCGACCAAGUCUCUACACCCUCAGAAACCUCACACCAACCACAAUCGGCAUCCCACCUCUCACAACCCGCUUUCCACCCACCAUCACCACCACCACCACCCGCCUCUCCUCCAAAAUGACCACCCCCAUCCCCCCCUCCACCCUCACAACCCUCGCCUCCUACACCGCCUGCGACAUCUCCGACGCCCUCCUCGCCCUCUCCCUCCCCCACGGCGGAUUCAUCCCAGAUCUCUCCCCCGUUUCCCCCCCACCCUCAUCAUCCCCCCUCGUCGCGCUGGCAUCAACACUGCUUUACCUCCCUCUUAACCCCCCAGCGCCAGCAUCUACACCUUCCCCUGCUCCCCCUUCAAAUAUCCCCGCCGGGAGCCACUGGACGGAUCUCGUGGGGGAGGAUACGAUUCUCAUCCAAUCGGGGCCGGUGUCGCAUGCUGCGAUGUUAGGGGGGAUUUUGGCGAUGCGACUUAAAUACCGUGGUGUGCGCGCCGUGAUCGCACAUGGUCGCGUCCGCGACGUGGCGGAGAUCAGGGAGGUGGAGUUACCCGUCUGGUCACUAGGCACAUCCACAGUAGGGAGUGGAGGAGGGGUGAAGGCGCAUGCUGUUGAUGUAGCUGUUGAAGUUGGAGGGGUGACAGUUAGGGCGGGGGAUGUGGUGGUGGCGGAUCCUGGGAAUGGGGUUGUGGUUAUUCCUGCUGAGAGGGUGGGGGAGGUGUUGGCGCUUUUGCCGGGGCUGGGGGAGGCGGAUGGGAGGGUUAAGGAGGCGGUUGCGGGGGGGAUGGGGGUGGGUGAGGCGUUUAGGAGGUUUAGGAAGUGA